UCCUUUCUGAAAUUGCAAGAGGCACAGAAACGGCACGGCAAAGCGAAUACGCCACGUGCCUGAACGAAUACGGAAUCUCCAUUGCGCCUUAGGAUCAAGGCGAAGAUCUCCAGCCUCGAGUAAAUUUCUCAAGCUGAAGAAAAGGCUGAAGGUCAGACCGCGAUUUCGAGUACCCCGCCAUCUACACCAAAACAACACAACCUGAUACCGACGACGCAAUGAGUAAGUUCGGUGUUCUGGUUAUGGGACCUGCGGGUGCGGGAAAGAGCACAUUCUGCUCCUCCCUCAUCACCCACCUCCGCAACAACCGCCGCUCCUGCUUCUACGUGAACCUGGACCCCGCCGCCGAAGAAUUCACCCACGCCCCAGACCUCGACAUCAAAGAUCUCAUCUCCCUGGAAGACGUAAUGGAAGAGAUGGGCCUCGGCCCCAACGGCGGCCUAAUCUACUGCUUCGAGUUCCUCCUCGAGAACCUCGACUUCCUAACCGAAGCUUUGGACCCUUUGACAGAGGAAUACCUGAUUAUCAUCGAUAUGCCUGGGCAGAUUGAGCUGUAUACGCAUAUUCCUAUCUUGCCCGCGCUGGUGAAACACCUGACAAGGACGGGAGCACUGGAUAUCAAUCUGUGUGCGGCGUAUUUGUUGGAGGCGACAUUUGUGGUGGAUCGAGCGAAGUUCUUUGCGGGGACGUUGAGUGCGAUGAGUGCGAUGAUUAUGCUGGAGGUGCCGCAUGUGAAUAUAUUGUCAAAGAUGGACCUGGUGAAGGGUCAGGUGGGCAAGAGGGAGUUGAAGCGGUUCUUGGAUCCGGAUACAACUCUUUUAGAUGAUGAUCCAGCGGAAGGAGCUGUCGAUACUGGGGAGGGAGAGGCGGCAGAUUCACAGACUGUCAUGCGUGGUGCCAGUUUCAAGAGGCUGAACAAGGCGGUUGCGGGUCUGAUUGAUAGCUUCAGUAUGGUGUCAUACUUGAGGUUAGAUGUGCAGGAUGAGGAUAGUGUCAAUGGGAUACUGAGCUAUAUCGAUGAUGCGAUACAAUUUCACGAGGCACAGGAGCCGAAAGAACCGAACGAUGAAAUAGACAUGGAGUAUGGUGAUGACGAGUAAAAAAAGGAUUGGUUUGCAUCUGGCGUUCAGGCGGAUAAGGAAGACUGGAAUGCAUAGCGUAGGCGUUUAUUAUGAUAUCCAAAAGCUCUGUAGAGUUGUCUGU